AUGACUAUGCAGUUCAUCAGUCACCGGUUUCCAGAGGACCAUGAUCCCACAAUUGAGGAUGCUUAUAAAAUACGAAUACGCAUUGACGAUGAGCCUGCCAAUCUGGAUAUCUUGGACACGGCAGGACAGGCGGAGUUUACAGCCAUGAGAGACCAGUACAUGAGGGCUGGCGAGGGAUUUAUCAUCUGUUACUCAAUCACAGACCGGCGCAGUUUCCAUGAAGUGCGGGAGUUCAAACAGCUCAUCUAUCGUGUUCGACGCACUGAUGACACUCCCGUGGUCCUGGUGGGAAAUAAAUCUGAUCUGACGCAACUACGGCAGGUCUCCAAAGAAGAAGGCUCUGCUUUAGCACGAGAAUUCAACUGCCCUUUUUUUGAAACUUCAGCUGCAUACCGUUACUAUAUUGAUGAUGUAUUUCAUGCUCUUGUGCGAGAAAUCCGCAGGAAAGAAAAAGAAGCAGUAAUGGCAAUGGGAAAAAAAUCAAAACCUAAAAGCAGCAUGUGGAAAAGACUGAAGUCACCGUUUAGAAGGAAGAAGGAUUCAGUCACUUGA